AGCGAAAGGAUGUGAGCAGCGGGGCUGAGUCAGCAUCUCCUGCCGGGGGCGCACGCGUACCGUCCUCCCCCGGCGGAAGCUGAAGUCCACACAGGUGUGUGGCUGUCUAGCCCACGGGGAGCUUCUUGUAACAGAGGGACCGGGUCGUGUGGGGAGUACGUGCCCCUUAUCCUGAAGUGCUUGAUCCCAAGAGCACUGUGAAUUCCGAAGAUAAUGUACGGGAAACAGUUACCAACGGUCCUUUGGACGAAGCCGCCCCGGGCGUUUCGGAGCCGGUGGGGACGCAGACUAUUUUCUAGGGUCCACCCCAUGUCCCCACGGUCCAUUUGGGACUUGCUCGGAGGUUUGCUCUGUUCUCGACUUAGUUUUAACCCCAUCAUCAGACCCAGGCAGCCGAUGCCCCCAUUUUAUAGGCAAGAACUGCUGAGGCACAGAGCACUGGAGGCAUUUGCCCGAGGUUGCACGGCACUGGUACACACACACUGGCCCGCUUUGCAAACAGAGUUCAUCUGAAGAGUACAGUUGCCACUAGCGUCUGGAAAACAGCGAGUUGGCUGGGAAACCCAGCCUCGCCAGCCAUACAACAGUGACUUUUGCCUGCCUGGUUAGAGGCCACCUUCACCUUGAUCCUUCAGUCCUAGUGAGACCAAGCGAGAACACCCCUGCUUCCUUCACUCCUCCUGGGAACGCAAGAGAGGGAAAGUGCUGCAUUGCCAUGGUGAUCACCCUCCUCACCCCCAAACAAAACUAACUCUGUUUAGUUCUGAAGCCGAACAAAAGAACCUUUGGAGUCGGGAGUACAGAACCAGAAAAAUUUGGAAAUUAAGGAAAGGGUUCAUCUUCCUUCUUAGUCUCUUCUGUCGUGUCCCUUCGUUGACAAUGGGCAAGGCUGUAGUGAUGCCCUUAAAAAGUCCUUCGGCAUCUUCUCUGGAAAUCAGUUGGCUGUGAGAACCAUCCCCAUUGCUCUCUUUUCUAGGCAUCUCACUUAGGGUCAUUUGCAUGAAAACAGAUUCUUUUGUGCAAAGCUGGCCUGCCUGUUCUCUGUCAACAUUUAUAGUCCUUCUAGUCUUCAUGUUGGGUUGCCAGGCAGAUAUGACCCUGGCUUGCAAAUAAGCUCGCUGCUUUUACCAGCCCGUGAGAACUUCAACUUGGGGAAAUCUUACAGAAACAUGAAGCCCUCCACCACCUGGGACUCAGAAACUCACCGGGGGCUGACUGCGGCAGCCGGAACGCCCAGGUGUUCUGCAGAUGUGAGCGCUGAUCCUGCACUCACCAGCUGGAGUCCCGACCAGAUGCAAGGCUUGUGCUUCGGCUCUGACAUCUCUGAGCACAGAGGGGUCACUCUCUGAUCGGCCACAGGGCGGUUGUUGACACUGAUGUCUGAUUGCUUCACACAGCCAGUCAUCUUAGGGAGCUGCAGUGGGGAAGGUCAAAGCUGGGGGUGCAGGCUUCCUGACUCUUGAAUUGGGACUCUAGAUGGGGGACUCACUUCUAUAGCCCCCACCAUCCCUACAGGCACCUCCACCUCCACCAGGACACUGGGCCUCAGCACGUUCACCUUUACGGUGAGUGAGCUGGAAUAUCUUCUUGCAAAAACACUGAUCUGCAGGAACUCCCUGCAGUGCAAGUGAGCAGAAGGGGACUCCACGAGAAGUCUCUAGUGGUAGCCCUCCAUCAGCCCAUACCACCAUGGCCUGGCUUUUCCUAAAGGCUUUAUUGGUGGGGGUGACUUUCUUGGGAUGUCUUUAUCCUCUUGUGAAUUUUUGCUUCAAUGAGGAAACAAGGGGCCAGAAACCGAAUUUCGUGAUUGUUCUGGCAGAUGACAUGGGGUGGGGUGACCUGGGAGCCAACUGGGCAGAAACAAAGGACACUGUCAACCUCGACAAGAUGGCUGCUGAGGGCAUGAGGUUUGUGGAUUUCCACGCAGCCGCCUCCACCUGCUCACCCUCCCGGGCUUCGCUGCUCACUGGCCGUCUGGGCCUUCGCAAUGGAGUCACACGCAACUUUGCGGUCACCUCUGUAGGGGGCCUUCCGCUCAACGAGACCACCUUGGCCGAGGUGUUGCAGCAGGCUGGCUACGUCACCGGGAUGAUAGGCAAAUGGCAUCUUGGGCAUCAUAGCUCUUAUCACCCCAACUUCCGUGGCUUCGACUACUACUUCGGGAUCCCAUACAGCCACGACAUGGGCUGCAUGGAUACCCCAGGCUACAACCACCCCCCUUGUCCGGCAUGCCCACGGGGUGACAGACCAUCAAGGAGCCCCGACGGGGACUGUUACACUCACGUGGCCCUUCCUCUGUAUGAAAACUUGCGCAUCGUGGAGCAGCCCGUGAACCUGAGCCGCCUGGCGCAGAAGUACGCUGAGAAAGCUACCCAGUUCAUCCAGCACGCACGCACCAGCGGAAGACCGUUCCUGCUCUACGUGGGCCUGGCCCACAUGCAUGUUCCCUUACCUGAGACCCAGCUGUCGGCAGACCCGUGGGGCCGUGGGCCGUACGCUGCAGGCCUCCGGGAGAUGGACAGCCUGAUGGGCCGGAUUAAAGACACAGUGGACCGCACAGCAAAAGAAAAUACGUUCAUCUGGUUUACAGGGGACAACGGCCCGUGGGCUCAGAAAUGUGAACUGGCGGGCAGCGUGGGUCCCUUCGCUGGGUCGUGGCAGGUUCGCCGAGGGGGCAGUCCGGCCAAGCAGACCACCUGGGAAGGAGGGCACCGGGUCCCGGCUGUGGCUUACUGGCCUGGCAGAAUCCCCACCAAUGUCACCAGCACUGCCUUGUUAAGCGUGCUGGACAUAUUCCCCACCGUGCUGGCCCUGGCUGGGGCCCGCCUGCCCCAGGGCCGACACUUCGAUGGUCUGGAUGCCUCUGAGGUGCUCUUUGGCCGCUCAAAGACUGGACACAGGGUGCUGUUUCACCCCAACAGUGGGGCGGCUGGAGAGUACGGAGCCCUGCAGACGGUCCGCCUGGAGCGUCACAAGGCCUUCUUCGUUACUGGUGGAGCCAAAGCCUGUGAUGGGAGUGUGGGGCCCGAGCAGCGUCACGAGCCUCCGCUUAUUUUUAGUCUGGAAGAUGACGGUGCAGAGGCCGCGCCUCUGGAAACGGGCAGCACCGAAUACCAGAGCGUGCUGCCCAGGGUCAGAGAGGUUCUUGCAGACGUCCUUCGCGACGUUGCCGAUGACCACAUCUCCAAAGCGGACUACACGCAGGACCCUUCGGCAACUCCCUGCUGUAAUCCCCACCACAUUGCCUGCCGCUGCGGAACCGCCUCCCAGACCGACCGACGUUCCCGCGAGCAGAAACGUCAGGAGUGAGAUGGGCAAGUUCACACCCUAACUUUGGUCUUACCCUCUUUACAGUUAUUUACGCUUUAAAAAUGAGUCUCAGAAUUUUGCUUGGAAGCCACCACUUUGCAUGCCCCACUGUCCCUGCUGCGCUGAAGGCCUGAGAGGACAACUGGGAAGAGCUGUGAUGGGAAGCACACGGGCUCGAGUCAGACCAGGGUCAAGCCCCAGCUUUUGGACUCGGGCCCUUACUUAACCUAACUUGCCAGCUGAUUUCGAGGAUUCCACCAGGCGACACAUGAAAAUGUCUGGCCUAUUACCUGACCUUUGAGGCAGGCACUCAAUAUGGUUUAGUCUUUUUUUCCCUAAUGCAUCUGGUUUCACUGGUCAUUUUAGCAGAGAUUUGUUCCACCUGGCCCCUAGAGCAGCGCUUCUCCAUCUUGCAUGCGCACACAGACCGCCGGGGAGCUUGUGACAGGACAUGUUCUGACUUGGCGGGUCUGGGCUGGGGCCCGAGGUCCUCCCUGUCUAGGACACCCCUGGGGUGGGGGGCGGGGCCUCGAGCAGCCUGGAUGCUGCCUAGACAAACUCAGAUGUGUCCAGGGCUCCAAGCAGAUAAGUCCAUGGCUCUCCCCACCGCCCCCACCCCCUUUUAAAGGUCAGAUGGCUGUAUUUUAAAGGCCUUAGGAGUUCUUCCUGCUUCCUAAAACCACAAAGAAAUACAUUUUGAGAGCCUCAAAACUGCAUUGCCAUGAUUUUAUUAUUAGUGUCCUAAAUGGGACUCAAAGGUAGUAAGUGAUUUAUCCCAAUCACUGCAAACAAUACUUUGCUUGGCUAAAAUAGUUUCUCCCUCUGUGUAUGUAAUAUACAAGAAAUACAGUUUGAAGACACUUUCCUAUAAGUACAUUUUUACACAGCAUACAUUUAAAAAGGAUGCCCCUUUUUAAUAUAAAAUCCCAUAUAGACCAAUAUGGUUAGUUAGUAUUGACAUAAUGGCUGUAAUAUAUUUUAAAUAGCAGGAUGUGUAUACCGUGUCUCCCGUACCCACUGGCAGCCAGGGCUGAGGAGGGCUUGCUGAGCAGUGAGCCUCGUCCUGUGGCUUAAGUGGGCGGCGCCUGGGAUUCCUGCCCCCCAUUCUGCGCCCACAAUCGCACUCCAUUCUUCCACCUUCCUUGUUUUCUCCAAGACCACCUCAUAGGGGGUGUCCUGAUUUCUGAGGUGUGCUUCUCAUCAUGACUGCUUCGUUUUGCCCUUCUGACUUCCACGGCACAAGAUUAUCUACCGAAAUCAAAACAGAAUGGCCUUACUCUCUCCAGGAAGAGGCUGUUAGGCAGGCUGCAUCACGAACAGAUCUGUGCCCGUGCGGGGCUGGCGGGGGAGGCCGCGCAUCUCCACCACGGAAAACUCACCUGUCCUAUUUAGGUGUAGGCGAGUUUGGCCCAGUUUCAGGAGACACUGACUAUAUAUAAAAUAUUUGUGUGUGUAUUCA